GAGCCCAGUCCUUUAAGAGAGCUAGUACCUCACUCACUGGGACCUCUCCCCUCCAUUGCACAAGAUCUCGGGCCGGGGAGUGCUCUGAAAUCAGGGGAAGUGUUGGUUGGAGGUAGCUCCAUUCUGGCCUCCAAUUCGGACAAGGAUCGGCAGCAGGGCCGUUUGAAGGAAUUUGGGGGCCCCAAGCAAAAUGUACAUGGAGGCGCCCCCAGCCCCCUAUCCCACACGCACACAAAGCCUACAGGAACCACAGCAUAG